AUGGACUUCCAAUGCCUAGUGGUCUACCUAUCCCAAGCGAUUGCCAUCCCUAUCGGACUUCCAGUGAAAGCUCGUUUCCCGAGCCCUAGCGGUCACUCUGAACCAACGGGAUCCCAUCGCCAGUCUAAGAGACAGCUCUUUGGCAUAACUGAAAAUGGAGUUACAACCAACACUGGCUGCCAGCCCUUGACGUUUAUCUUUGCCCGUGGAACUGGCGAGCGGGAUACAAAGGUUGUCCUUGGUGGUUACUCCGAGAGUGCGAUGGUGGUGCAUAAUGCAGCGAACUCUCUGUCUGCGGGUCAGAUCACUGCUGCAGUACUCUUUGGCGACCCAUUCAAGAUGUUCGGUGUUGGAAAGCUCUCAGCGAGCAAUGUCAAGGAGUUUUGCGCCCUUGGAGAUCCUGUUUGCGAGAAUGGUUUCAAUGUUUUGCCUUAUGUUUCAUAUGGAGCUGAUGCGAGGACGGCGGCACAGUUCCUAGUCCAGGCUGCUGGUAUUUCGCAUUCUUGA